AUGGUGCCCGGAGUGCUCGCUGCCAUCUUCCUCUCUGCCCUCCUGGGUUCGCUCUCGGAAGGACUCCCAGGGCCUGACGGUCUGUGGCUGUGCCAGCCGGCGCCCCGGUGCGGGGACCAGGUCUACAACCCCCUGGAGCAGUGCUGUGACGAUGACACCAUCCUGCCCCUGAACCGGACCCGCCUCUGUGGCCCCCACUGCCGCUACUGGCCCUGCUUUGAGCUCUGCUGUCCCGAGUCAGUCGGUCAUCCGAGACUUGUUGUGCGGCUGAGAGUCCUGGGUGUGAGCUCCCAGUGCCACUCAUCCCCCAUCUCCAGGGUCUGUGACAGGUAA